AUGGUGGUGGUGGUCUACAUCUGGUUAUCCCUUAGGUUCUCUGCACCAGACACCGAGGACAGAGAGGAAGAAGGCAGCAGCUGCUGCUAUUUAUACCCUCCCACCGAGGCCUCCUCUUCCUGCAUCGCCAUCUACGGGAGAGGAAGAAGCCGCAGGAGGAGGAUGAAGCUUUUAGUUGUCGUUUUGGUCCUGCUGUUUUGCCCACAUCAUGGUGUUGAGGCUGCAGGAGGAGAGUUCAUUGGGAUAAGUGGGCUGCACUUUGUUCUCAAUGGCAAUCCAUUCUUUGCCAAUGGCUUCAAUGCCUACUGGUUGAUGACCCUGGCCUCAGAUCCUUCUCAGAGAGACAAGGUCUCCUCUGCACUGAGUGACGCCUCCAGCCAUGAACUCUCUGUGGCCAGGACAUGGGCUUUCAGUGAUGGAGGGAGCAAUGCGUUGCAGUACUCCCCAGGCUCCUACAAUGAACAGACCUUUCAGGGGUUGGAUUUUGUGGUGUCCGAGGCCGGCAAGUAUGGGAUCAGGCUCAUACUGAGCUUGGUCAACAGCUAUGACAACUAUGGAGGCAGGAAGCAGUAUGUCCAAUGGGCAAGGGAUCAGGGGCACGAAAUUGGAUCUGAAGAUGAGUUCUUCACCGACCCUGUUGUCAAAGGUUACUUCAAAGAUCAUGUCAAGACUGUGCUCACAAGAGUCAACAACAUAACUGGAGUUGCCUACAAGGAUGAUCCAACAGUCUUUGCAUGGGAACUCAUGAAUGAGCCCAGAUGCCCCUCGGAUCUGUCGGGGAAGAGCAUACAGGAUUGGAUCACGGAGAUGGCUGCCUACUUGAAAUCCAUAGACAGCAACCAUUUGCUGGAAGCCGGUUUAGAGGGGUUCUACGGCGAAUCAUCUCCUCAGAAGCAAGCCAAUCCAGGCUUCCAAGUGGGAACUGAUUUCAUCACCAACAACCAGAUUCCUGGAAUCGAUUUCGCCACCCUUCAUUCCUACCCCGAUCAAUGGUUACCCAACUCGGACGAUCAAUCGCAGCUCGCGUUCCUCAACAACUGGCUCGACGUCCACAUCGAGGACGCGCGCGAUGUGCUGCGGAAGCCAUUGCUGGUGACGGAGUUCGGGAAGUCAUCCAAGGAUCCCGGCUUCAGCAGCGAGCAGAGGGACGCCAUGUUCGGAGCUGUGUACUCCAAGAUCUACUCGUCGGCCAGCAGCGGCGGUGCCACCGCAGGUAGCUGCUUCUGGCAGCUGAUGGCCCAAGGCAUGGAUUCGUACAGAGACGGGUAUGAAGUGGUUCUCAGCGAAGCACCAUCGACGACCAGAAUCAUCACCGUCCAGUCUCGGCAGCUUCGCUACCUGGGGAGGUUGCGUGCCGGAGAGCGAAACAUUGCCAAGCUCAAGAAGGCAAAGGCCAUGAGAGAGAAACAACUGAAGGCUCCCCACAAGGGAAAGGGUGCAGGAAACUGAGCAUGCAGUAGGAUUCCAUAUACCUCAACAGGUGAGAUCGUGACUCUCCUUGUGAUGGAUGAUCUUUGUCAUCCAGGAGAAUUGGAAGAUACGACGAUGUUC